AUGUCGAUCGCCUGGCGCGCGAUUCUCGUCGCGGGUCUCGCCGCCGGCGAGGAGGCGACGCUCGCGUCGUUGACGGGCCUCUUCCAGCGCGAGCCCGAGCGCGCGGCGGCCCUCGUCGCCACGGCGCGGACGCGCGCGAUCAACCAGUCGCGCCACAGUGAGGGGCACGAGACGUACUUCCGGCAGCGGCGGCGCGUCGAGGCGGCCGUCGGAGACUACCGCUUCUACGUGCACACGGGCGGCGCGUUCGACGCGAUCACGACGGCCCUCUUCGCGGACGCCAAUCGCAAUGUGUUAGAUCGCGCUGUGCCGCGAGGGACAGAUAAGUGA